AUGAGGGGGCCAAAAAACAGCCCCAGCCCCCAAAGCCCCCUCUCUAGUGGGUUAGGGCUGGGGCUAAGGCUCGACAACCCGGACGAGCCCAAUGACCAGGACAGGCCCGAUGACAAGGACAGACCCGACGACCAAGAUGAGCCCGACGACCAAGACGGGCUUGACAACCUGGACAUGCUAAACAACACGGACGGGCCCAAAAACCCAGACGGGCCAGACGACCAAGAUGGGCCCGACGACCAGGAUGGGCCUGACAACCCGGACAUGCCAGACAACACGGACGGGCCCGACGACCCAAACGGACCCAAAAACCCGGACGGGCCAGACGAGCCAGAUGGGCCCUACGACCUAGAUGAGCCCAACGAUCUAAACGGGCAGACGACCCAUACGGGCCCAACGAUUCAAAUAGGCCCAAUGAUUCAAACAGGCCCAACGACCCAAACGGGCCGACGACUCGUAUGGACCCGACGACCCAAACGUGCCAGAUGA